AUGAGACAUCGACUCUGCGGGUCGGCUGGCCUAAUUUUAAUCAUCUACAGUAUUCUCAUGAACUCAGGUAAGAUGACUUUUAUAUUAUGCUUAUGUUAGCAAAUCGUUAAUUUUUUUGAAAAAAUGGCAUUUAUUUUUUUAUGAUGAUUAAUAUUUCGGUAUAAAGUGAGUGUUGAAACUUUUAUGCUUGUUAUGUGUAGUACUAUCGUCGUAUUUUAGUUUUUUCUUCCCAACCCUAUUUAACCGACGAAGAUUUCCAAAGAAGCAUCGGUAAGUCCAAUAUCCUCACACAAAACUUUCUCACAGAUUUCACACCCUCGAAAGUUGAUUUAAUUUCAGAUGAUGACAUAACAUUUUUAUCCGAUGCAGAUUUCAAAAACGCCGAGAAAUACGACCAGUUGUUGGGUAAGCUCUUUUUCCUGAUCACGUAAUGCUCUAUUUAUAGUCGAUAAACAUUCGAACCGCGGUUAUUUGCUCUCUCACCAAAAGUUUUACCAUGGAGAUAUUCGAGGGAAAGCACAGUGGAUCUCGGUAAAAACCUACUUUCACUCUUCUGCCAGUAAAAUCUAUACAAAUCGCUUUACUUUAGUUGUAGAAUAGACCACUAUAGCGGCUUUAACUUGGUUUAUUACCAACAAAACAUGAGAUGUUUCCAGAAAAUGACACAAAAUGGCAAGAAACGGAACGGAGUUACAAACUUUAUAAAGAAAUGGCCAGACGGAAGGAUACCCUACGUUCUGUCAACACAAUACAACGACAGAGAAAGGGCCGUCUUGGCCAAGGCAUUCAAUCAAUAUCACAAACAAACGUGUGUAAGGUUCACACCGAAGGAGCCUUACGAUCGGGAUUACCUUUACAUCGGGAAAAUCGAUGGGUAAGAUAAAUUUGUCGCCAAAAACUUAAUAUCUUUCUAAUUUUUUUAAACACCAACAUCAACUUCAGAUGUUAUUCCGAUGUGGGAAAGGCUGGAGGCAGACAAGAACUCUCAUUAGACGAUGGUUGUAUGCAAUAUGACACAAUUAUUCAUGAAUUAAUGCACUCGGUCGGCUUUUAUCAUGAACACGAGAGAUGGGAUCGGGACCAUUUUAUCUCCAUACUCUGGCAAAACAUCGAUAAAGGUAGUACCACCCACUAACAAUAAUGCCAAAAAAUCAUCUAUUUAUUAUGCACUGAGCAAUUCUAGGUGCAUACGAUCAGUUUGGUCGGGUAGAUCUAACCGAAAGUUCGUAUUACGGCCAAGUUUACGAUUACCGAUCCAUAAUGCACUAUGACAGCAUGGCCUUUACAAAGAAUGGAAAAGAAACUUUAGUUGCCAAGCAGCCAGGAAUGACCAAGGUAAUCGGCAUUGCUCAGGAUUUCAGUCCCACGGAUCUCCUCAAAAUCAAGAAGAUGUAUAUGUGUGGGAACACGGUUCCGGUAAGUGUUCUUUCUCAUCAUUAUUAUCAUUCUAGAGUCACACUUACAAGUAUGUCAAUACAUUCUCUCAAAAGCCUCGUCCUACUUGGCCAGUGUCUCCACUGGCAGUCGCAAAUGAAGUUAGUUACAGUAUGUCUCCAACCACGUCAUCUUUGGUCCCUUUGCCAACAAGUCGGAAUGUGAUGGAGCCUGACGUCCAGCCACGUAAGUAUUAGGCAUUUCCUGUAACCUUUAUCAUCCAUAAUCACCUUUCAGAAUGUGGAGAUCGGAGUACUUUAUGUUGGAGAUGGCUGGAACGAUGUAGAUCGCCAUUUUUCGAGAAAAUUAUGAAGGAAUUUUGUGCCCAAUCCUGUGGCUAUUGCAUUCCUCCAGCUCGCCCUUCCUGGCGUUUCUCCGAGGGUCAUAUCACGCCUAUUGACCGAGGGUACAGUGCUUACAAUAACAACGAUUACUACACUCAACCGCAAACACAACUGCCAUGGUAUCAGGUGGUUGGAUGA